GACUUUUAUUUGCAUACCACAGUUUAAAAUCAAGAAGACAUGAGCCAUGGCUGAUUGGUACAGUAACUUAAAAAAACAUGACAGUUUGAGUUAGUGAAAUGAAUAUAAAAUAACUGAAGAAAGCUUUUUUGAUCUUAUUGACGUUACAAGAAACACAAAGAAAAUACUUCAAACAUGUUUAAGUGCUUUUGCAUGAAAUUAAGCCCCACUUCAUAAGUGUUGUAUUAGUGGUAAUCAGCAGCUGUAAAUGUGGUUAAUGUUUCUGCAUUUUGACAACUUGCAAUUAGUGUUAUAAGACAUAUAAAAACAACAUAUAUAGAUGUUAGUGCUUAAACUAGAGUCUAAAUAUGAUUAAAUUAAAAUAUAUGUAUUAAUAAAAAAUGUAAUAAAAACUUCAUUAGUAAAUGCCGCUGUGGGACAUUUUAAAGCAACAUUUCAUUUUUUCAUUCCUCUCAACGACAUUCCAGGAAAGGUUAAACUCAUUGUCUAUAGCAUACAUUCACAGGGGAAGCGUUAGGGUUUCUUUCUGGACAUAAAACUAGUAUUUCAGGUAAUCACAGGAAAACCACAGGAAGCAGCAUCUCCAGAGGUGCAGCCAGAGUGGUAACUAAUUGUACAAUCCAUGAGUUUCAUUAUCCAUACCACUAAAGGAUUGGCCUGCAAACAGUUGUUGCAUCAAAAAGAAAUAUUGUGUAUAACAACAACCAGAACAAACAUUGACAAUGUAGCUUGAUAUAGAAAAAUCAAAAAGUAGUGCAAUAAUGUAAUACAGAUAAGACAUAUUUUACUCUAGUUUGCAUUACCCUGUAACACAUUUGUAUUAACAGUCAUAUCAGUAGAUAAGAGUGAUGUUUUUCAGCCUGAAAUAUAGUUUCCAACAUUUUGGAAAAGCUUUUCCGGACAAUAACGAAACAUGGAAUACACAUAUUAUGUAACCACAUGUACAAAUAUAACACUAGUAAGACUAUGUAGUAAAUAACUAUGUUUAAAGAGCUUUAAAAAAGUAAAAAGCUAUGAUUGACUUAAGUAAGGCCUCAUUUUCCUUCUUCAUAUUCAGUUUCCAAAAGUUCCCCCCUUCAGUUUCAGCUGCUUUGUUGCUGUCUUAAUUUGGCUUCAUUUCUAGAUAACACAGUAAGACCAAGUUAUAACAAACAAGGAGUCACUUUGGCGCCAUGUCAGAACUUGGGCAGACACUUUUCCUCUUCCCCCAGUUCAGAUGCCUGUAGAUGGAGUCAAACACUGACACUGUGUAGCGUGCAAACAGAGUGGUCCACUUCACCGCGUCCACCAUCCACUGCACAGAGCGGCCCGCAAAGGCCACAAACACUGCAGUGUAGUGAACCAGCAGCAUCAGGCUCCUCCCCAGCUGCCUGCCGUGGUUGAUGAUGCGGUUGACAACGUGUUCAUGACCUGCCAUCAUUUUUCUGUCUUCUGAAUUCUUCCAGAUGUUGAAAUAAAAAUAUUUCUUCCUUCCAGGUUUAUUUUUCGUUUUUUUCGUUUUUUUCUAUGAAUGUCUAUUUGUUGAUGCUCCCUUGGAAGCAGAAGACGCCUGGGAAGAUGCAGACGGUCCCUUUAAUAUGCAAAUCCAGGCUGACCAAUCAGAGCGAAGGAAGUUUUGCUUCCGGGAAUGUUUGGUGAUGUGGCUAUGCUCUGCCAUCCAUCCGAGGAAAUAUAUCACAUAAAAAGCAGAUACAUUCACCUGGGAAGCAAUCGCACAGGGCCAUCUUUAUGUUCAGCCGUCUGGCCACAGUCCUCCAGGAGCUCUCUGGAGAGGAGGGCCCAGAUGGAGACCCGCAGGGCAUGCUGGUGCCUCAGCUCCCUGCCGAUGAGAGCCCAGCUCCUGUGGAGUCCGAGGCCCCCGAGGAGGCCUUGGAGAGGAUGGCUCACCUGGAACAACUGGUGGUCCAGCUGAAGGAGCUCAUCCGAGACAAAGACACGCAGCUGUUUAACAAAGAUGCACAGCUCAAGAACGAGAAGGACGAAGCUGAGGCUCGCUUCACCAAACUCAAACUGCAGGCCAAAGCAAAGAUGGUGGCACUGAACAAACAGAUAACGGAUUUGAAAGGACAAGGAGGAGCAACACAGAGUCCAGACAGCUCUUUCACAGGAGCCGGUGCUGCAGUCGAGGAGGAGCUCCAGGAGCUGAAGAACAGGCUGAGUGAGGAGGAAGCCAACAGCAGAGAGCUCCAGGGGCGACUGCAGACCACAGAACAGCUCCUUCAAGAGAAGGAAUCUGCCCACGCUGAACAGUUGGGGAAACUGCAGGCUGUCGUCUGUGAGAAGGAUGUGCGUUUCCAGGAACAGAUCCAGCAACACGAAGAAGAGCUGCUGAGGGUCGCAGCACAGUCUCAGAGUGACGACGGGCUUCAGCAGGCCCUGCAUGCAUCACAGAGGCGUUGUGAAGAGCUUGAGGAGGCCUUAAACUCUCGGUCCCAAGUGCUGGAAAUGCUGCAGCAGGAAGUGAGCAGUGCUGAUCAGCAGAAACAGAUCUUGACUGCUCAGUUCCGGCAGAUGGAGCAGGAGCUGGCCGAGGCCGUCAAGCGGAGGGAGGAGGAGAGGCAGCAGUGGGCCGAACAGGCCAGCCAGGCCGACGCAGAAGUCGCAGCCCUCCGAUUCAGCCUGGAGGACUUUGAAAGAGAGAGAACGGAGGUGGCGGGGCAAGAGGGCGAGCUAGCGUCCCUGAGAGAGGCGGAGCAUGUGAGUCGAGAGGCUCUGGAGAAGGAAAAGAUGGAGGUUGCCAGAUUGGAGAGAGAACUGGCUCUGCUGAAAGAGGCUGAGCUCGCAUAUGUCCAAGCGAGCCGUGAAGCUUCAGAGAGCGACAGGGCGGAAAUGGUUCGGCUGGAAAGUGAACUUGCAUCUAUGAGAGAGGCCGUCGUCCACGCCAGCCAGGACGCCUCAGAGAGGGAGAAGUCAGAGGUUGAUAAGCUAGAGCGAGAACUGGCCUCACUUAAGGAAGAACAACAAGAUGCCCAGAAGAAGAGUGAGAUCUUGGCUAAAAUGUGGGGACCUCUGCGAUCUCUGGCUCUUGAAGAAGCAGCAGAAGAAGAAGAAGUCCCCUUCCCCGCUGACCUGACCCUGUUCCUCGACACCGUGCAGUCUAUUGAGACACAACUGAUGAGGCUGAAAGAUGAACGCAGUGUUAGAGAAGAACAUUGUGUCGAGCUCACCCACACCAUGGAAACCCUUCAGGAACAACUUGACAGAAGAACCACAGAACAGGAGGAAACAGCUGCCAAGAUACAACAGCUGCAGCAUCAAAUUGAAACGGCAUCUGAAAGUGAUGAUGUGACUGAACCAUCAGCACAGGAUUCAUCUGAAACUAAAGAAGCACACUUAGUGGAACUGGAGCAGCAGCUUUUAGAAAAAGACAAUGAGCUGGUUGCCUUGCGGGAAUCCCUCAGACUGGCUAACGAGCACAUCUCUAGUGGGGCUGCAUCAGGUGAAGCCUACGAUCAGACUCCAGAUCAGGGUCAGGAUGCCAGUACACCCCCCCAUGACCGUUCUGCUGCCCUUCCUGACUUCAUGGAUGUUACACAAGAAGAUGAGACCACCUUAGUUGCUGAGGACACCUCAGUCCUCUCCAUUUCUGCUGAUAACGAGAGCGGCCCAGAGCUUAUUGGACACCAGUCUGAGUCCCCAGAAGAAUCCAAAGGGACCUCCUCAGAUGAGAUGGUCGGCAGUAGUGAUUCAGAAGUGGCCCACAGCAGCUGGACCCUCCUAGAAGCUGUGAAUCAAGACGGAGGCCAGGAGUGGCCGUCCAUCCUGCAGGACUUUGGCGGGAUGCAGCUGCAGUCAUGGGAGGCAACGAGCAUGGAGCAGGAAACCUCCACAGUUCAACUCGAGUCCUCCUCUGUCAUCAUCCGAGAGACGGUACAAGUUCAUGUAACACAGCAGGGUUCUUCCGCCACAGAUGGUAACAUGGCCUCUGGUCAGGUGUUCGCUCAGGCCUUAGCCGAGGAGCUUCAGAGGAGGUACAGUGAGCUUCUGGCUGAGCUUCAGAGGCUCAGAGAGGCGGCUGCAGAGUCACAUGAGAAAAUCAAGAGUCUGGAAGAAGAAACUCAGUCGCUUACUGCCUCCAAAGAAGAGGCAGAGUCCCAGGCCAAUGGUUUUAUUGAGGAACUUAAGUCAGCCAGAGAGGAGUUGGACAAGCUCUCUCAGCAAUUCAGCUCAGUGGUGGAGAAACACGGUGUUGAAAUGCAUCUCCUAGAAGAUCAGAUAGACAUUUUAAGCACUGAAAGUAACAUUAAGGAAGAGAAGAUUCAGGUCCUGCAGACAGAUCUGGAAAUGGCCCGCCAAGCUUUCUCCGAGCAGGAGGGGCAGGCCAGGAUGCUGAGUGCUCAGCUGGAGGACCGAGAGCUCCUCUCCUCCGAGCUGGAGAGGAGGCUUCAAGAUAUGGAAAUCAGCAUGUUUGAAUACUCUCAAACAUCAGAGCUCAACAAUGACACUAUGUCAAAGAAGGACAUUGAGAUCAGCGACCUAUGUGGCCGUCUCAGCCAAAAAGAGCAGGAGGUGAUGGAGCUCAACGACAGCAUGUCUGCUAAACUCCUCCAAGCUGAAGAGGAGAAGUUCCAGAUGGACGGUGAGGUCAAUAAACUGAAGGAGCAGAUAGUGGACCUUGAGAAAGUCAUGGACGAUAAACAGAAGGGGAGUUCUGAAGACUCGGCCGCUCAUGUGGACGAUGAACUUGCGAGUGUGCGAAAGGAGAAAGGAGUUCUAGAAACCCAACUGACCACCACAAAGAAGAAGUUGCAGGCUGCACUUGUGCAACGCAAAGAGCUCCUGAGGAAGGUCACCGAUUUUGAGGCAGAAGCAAAUAAACGGACAGAGCAAGAUGAAACGGCAAAGGGAGAAACGACUACAGACAUUCCUGAGGUAGAACAAUUUAGAGGACAUAUGAUUCAGGAAAUGGAGGCUAAAAUCAUGGAACUCGAGCAAGCUUUAAGAGCCAAAGAAGAGGCAGUUGAGACUCUUGAGAUGAAAAUUAGCCAGCAGGAUCAAGUUCUCACCGAGACGCUUGCUCUGAAUAGACAGUUAAGCGAAGAAGCCUCAAACUCUCAGCAGGCUGACAGUUCUUCUGAAACAACGGUGUUACAAUCCCAAGUGGCCUCUCUUGAAGCAGAGUGUGAAACCCUUCAGAAGAAAGUUCAAGACGCCCAAGAAUCUCGCAAGGAAACCAUCCGCAAAGCAAAAGAAAAGGACAGGCACCACCGUGAACAGCUGAAGCAGCAGAAAGAAGAACACAACGAGCUUGUGGAGCGUUUUGAGGUUCAGAGCGGCGAGCGAGAAGUUCUUCUGACUAAAUUGAGAGAAUUGGAAGAACAAAUGAGUGCUGAAAGAGAACCUGGUCAAGAGUCCAAGCGACCGGCUGACACUGUGGCAAAGCAAGUGGCAGGUUAUUGGGUCCAGGAGGACUGGGUGGAUUUUGCCACAACUGAGACAGAGUCAGCGCAACCGAAAUCCAGCGAUCCGGUUCAGCAUCCUGCCGAGCAGUCUGAAGUCUUCUCUGCACAAAUGGAGGAAUCUCUGAAAGCCCUCAGAGACGAGAUCCAGACUGUGCGGCUGGCUAACACAGAGCUAGAGAAGCAGCUGCAGGAAACCCAGACCAGUUUGACUCUAAAAGAGUCUGAAUUACUGGAAUUGGGCAAAGAGCUACUCACACUAAGAGAAAAGGAAAGUCAGAUUGAUACACUCUCAGAGGAAAUUCAAGAUCUUAGAGAAAAGUAUCACCAGGCUGAGUCUUACGCUGAAUCUCUGAAAGCAGAGAUAGACGCUGCAGCCGAAGCAGCCACUGCAGAUUCUACAUCCUCCAUUACAACUCUUCAGACCGAAGUGCAGGACUUCAAGCAGUUCCUCGACAAUAAAAACCAUGAAAUCAUGGAGCUGAGCCAGCAGCUCAGCGAGCAGAACACUCUCAUACACUCGAUGCAGGACACAGUGUCUCAGAAGGAUCAGCUGAUAUCUUCUUUACAGGAAGAACUGAAGGCUGAGCAAGAAAAAACCCAAAGGUUAGAGGUUGAGGUUCCACAGAAGCAGGAGGAAGGAAAAGACAGCGAGGCAAAGAUCCAGCAGCUUCAACGAAAGCUUCAGGCUGCUCUGAUCUCUCGCAAAGAUGUCUUGAAAGAAAACAAAACCCAGAAGGAACAACUAGCUGCAACCGAGAAGCUUUUAGCUGAACUGCAGCAGAAAAUGGAGUCAGCGGAAGACGAGCUGGAGAAGCUCAGAGCGGAAAGAGUUAAACUGAUUGAUGAGGUUGACCGGACCUUACUGGAAAACCAAAGCCUGGGAUCAUCCUGUGAGAGCCUCAAACUGGCCAUGGAGGGCAUAGUGAGCGAGAAGGAUGCCUGUAAGAGAGAAGUGGAGCUGGCGAAAGAAGAGGCCGCCAGAGCCUGCAGAGAAUGGGAGGAAAAGGUUCAAAGCAUGAAGGACGAGUACGAGACCCUGCUCAGGUCUUAUGAGAAUGUGAGCGACGAGGCAGAGCGAGUGAGACGAGUCCUGGGGGCCGCCAGGCAGGAGAGACAAGAGCUCGCGACCAAGGUGAGGACCCAUGAGGCUGGGAGGCAGGAAGCUGAAAGACAGGCAGAAGAGGCACAGAAAGAGGUGAAUUUGGUGAAAGACAAGAUGAGAAAGUUUGCCAAAACAAAGCAGCAGAAGAUCCUGGAGUUGGAGGAGGAGAAUGAGAGACUUCAAGAGAUGCAGGACAAGACUGUAAUAAAACGAGAGGGCAGGGCUCUCAAAGUUGAGGCUGAACGACUUCAAGAUGACCUGGGGGCUUUGAAAGCUGAGUUGGACGCUACUGUGGCCGAAAGGGACUCUUUAGGGCAGCAGAUUGAAGAGUUGAGGGAACAACUUGCCCAAACAAGAGAGAAAGAAGACAGUGUCAUUCAAGCCCCUUUGCUUAGCUCUGCAGCUGGUGUAGAAGAGGUUGUCACUGCCCAGCAAUCCGACCUAAUCAUGACCAAAGCAGAGCCUGUUGAGAGUCAAUAUGAAGACACAGAAAAACCCUCAACUCCAGAGGAGACACCAGCUGACCAAAUAGUUGCAGUGGAUGCACCAGAAACACAUUCACAACCCAGUGAGGAAAACGAAAAGGCAGAAACGACAGAGAGUGUUCGAGCUUUAUUAGAGGAUAAAAUGAGGGAGAUGGGGGCGGCUGUCAAUGCAGAAAGGGAACUGUGGCAGGAACAGGAGGCCGGACACAAAGCCGAGCUGGCUUCUCUUGAGCGAGAUCUUCAGGACAGUAAAGAGAAGGAGAGCCUUGUGGCGUCGCUAGAGAAGUGCCUUCAAGAGGGCAAAGAGAGAGAAAAGAGUCUGGCCGAGGAGGGAUCGAAGAGGGAGGCCCAGUUCAAAGAGCUGCUCAAAAGCCUCGAAACUGAGAAAGACAACCUGGAGGAGCGUCUGAUGAACCAGCUGGCUCAGCUCAACGGGAGCAUCGCCGGCUACCAGCAAGAGGCGGCGGACAACCGGGAGCACCUCGCUGAGCUGCAGCGGGAGGUGGAGCGGUUGGAGAGGGAGCGAGCCGAGCUGGAAGCCGAGGCUCAGAGUGAGAGCGACCGGGCCGCCAGGCUGGAGGAGGACAUGAGGCAAGCCCAGAGAGAAAGAACCGAAGCCGAAGCGGAGUCCGGUAAGCAGAGGGAGCUGGAGCAACAGCUGAGGUCCGCCCAGAGGGUCAGAGAGGGCAGCCAGAGCAGAGCGCGUCAGCUGGAGGAACUGUUGAGGGAGAAGCAGCUGGAGGUCCGUCAGCUGCAGAGGGACUGCAUCAAGUACCAGGAGAGGAUCAGCGAACUGGGUAGAGAAUUUAAGGCGCUGCAGCUCGGCCACGAUGAGCUCCACAGCAAGAUGGAACAAUCCCAACUGGAGACUUCCAAAACCAUAGAAGACCUGAAAAGGACCGAGGCAGAGCUGGCCAGCUGCAAAUCCCAGCUGGACGAGACGCAGAAACAGGCAAGCGAGGCUUUAGCUGAGAUAACCGCCCUUGAACAGAAUGCCCAAAAGAGAGAGGCCUUGUUGAAAGCAGAGGCAGAGCAAACCCUCGACUCUGUGAGAUUCAGGCUCGGAGCCGAACUGAAGGAGCUGGAGCUGAGGCUGGAAGAGGUGGACAGAGAAAGGGACAAGGAAGAGGAAGCCACUCUGGAGGCCAGAGAGGUCGCAGAAGGAGCUGAGAGACGCGCCCAGGAGAUGCAAGCCCGUCUGGACGAGUCUCUGGCCAGGUUGGCUGCCUUCUCGCGCUGCAUGUCCUCGCUGCAAGACGACCGGGACAGAGUUUUGGACGAGACCCGACAAUGGGAGACUCGCUUUAACGAUGCGCUGCAGAGCAAGGAUGCUGAAGUGCGGGAGGCUGAAACAAAGGCCAAGGAACUGGCAGAACAGCUUCAGAGAGAAUCUGCACUGAGAGAAGAACUUCAGCUUUCAGUGAACAGACUUGAGAAAGCAGACAAAGAUUUGAAGCUGAAACUGGAAGAGGAGGUAAAGAAAGUCGCAGAAAGCCAAGCUGCCCUAGAGGAGGAGAGGACGAAGCUUCAGCAAACUACAACUGAGAUGCAGUCUGCACAAAAUGAAGCCCAUGGCCUGAAAAAUGAGGUGGAGAGUCUAACUCAGAGGACCAGAGCUCUGGAUGAGGCUGUAGGUCGGCUGCAGGGUGAAGUCGACCAGGCCAGGACUGAGCUGAGGGAGAGGGAGGCAGAAGAGAGGCGGCUGUGUCUGAACGUGGAGCAACUAGAGACAGACCUGAGGUCCUCUAAGGCCUUGACGGAGAGUCUGCAGACUGAGUUAAAUGAGAAGGAGCAGAGAGAGGUGGAGAUGCUGGGGGAGAAGGAGCAAGCAGUUGCUCAGGCUGCAGAGGAGGCCAGAAAGGAGGCCGACAGCAGGGCACAAGGAGCUGAGGAGGAGCUGGAGCAGAGAAGAGGAGAACUGCGGGAUCUGGAAGAAAAACUGCGAAAGGGGGAAGAAGAGAGCAACAACAGAAAAGCCAGACUGGACUCUUUCAUGAAGGCCAUGGGCUCCCUGCAGGAUGACAGAGACAGAGUCCUCAACAUGUACAAACAGCUGGAGGAGAAACACCUGCAGGUGAUGUUGGAGAAAGAUGGUCUGAUCCAAGAGGCGGCCGGGGAGAACAACAGCCUGAAAGAGGAGCUGCGCUCUCUGCUGGUUCAGAGAGACGACCUGUACGCCGAAAAGGCCCAGCUGUCCGCUCAGCUUCACGGCUACCGGGAAGAACUUAACCAAGUCCUGAGCAUGAAGGACUCCCAACACAAACAGCUUCUGGCAGCACAGCGAGAGCGUAUCGCCUCUCUGGAAAAAGAACGCGAGGAAUUGGAGAGUAAGGUCAACAGAUCUGGAGAGAUGGAGGUAGACGCAGUCAGAGUGGAAAGGGAGACUCUUAGCCAGGCUGCUGACUUUAAGACGGCAUCACAGGUGAUAGACGCUCCCGGUGCAGAAGUCGAGAAGCUGAGGGAGCAGCUGCAAGCGGCGAGGGAUCAAGUGGCUGCUUUGGAGGAGGGCCUGCAGAAGGAGAGACAAGGGCAGAAGGGCAACAGCAAAGAGCUGGCUGAGCUGCGAUGGGAGGGAGGCGUGAUGCGGACGGAGUCGGAGAACGCUCAGGAGAGGGUGGCAGAGCUGGCCAGAGACUUGCUGUCUGUCGAACAGAAUCUGCUGUGCGAGAGAGAAGUGACGACGCAGCUGAGAGCGGAGAAUCAGUCGUUCGCAAAAGCCAUGGCCUCCCUCCAGGACAGCAGGGACCAGGCGGUAAACAAGGUCCAGGAACUGAGCCGGAAGCUGGAAGAGACGAGUAAGGCAGGCGGCCCCGCAGCACCCAGCAGCCCCGGAGGCUCCGCUGGAGAAGUGUGGGGGCUGAAGAACGCACUACAGGCCCUGCAGAAUGACAGGGAGAGACUGCUGGAGCAGCUUGAUUCGCGGUCGUCUGAGCUCAAGAAGCUGAAGUCGGAGCUGGCUCGACUGGGAGCAGGAGAGCUGAUUAAAAUCAGCCAGGAGCUGUUUGAGGAGAAGAAGAAGAACGAAGACAUGCUGGGCGACUUAAUGCAGCUAGAGAAUAUGGUGGGAAUGAGCAAGCAGGAGAUAGAGACUCUCAGACUGGAGCGUAUGGACUGGAUGGCUCAAGCCGAGCAGCUGAAGCAGCAGACCCUCGCCACACUCUCGGAGAGGGACCACCAACUGCGGCAACUCACCGCCAUGCUGGAGGAGGCCCGCGCUCACAAGCCCAAACUACAGCAGGAACACUACCAGAGAGAGGGCACAGAGGAAGUGGACAGCGCUCCUGGAGCCCCACAGGAGCGAAGCAGCCCUGUAGACGGUCACGCCUACAUAGCUGAGGUCAAAGACCUACAGAGGAGGCUGGAUGAUGAGAUGCGGCAGAGGGUGGCUGCGGAGGAGCAGCUGAUGGCCACACAGGAUCGACUCAAACGCCAGGCGAAAUGGCCCCCUGCACAAGAAGAGGAUCGCUCAGAGACUGCUCUUUUGAUCGAGCCGGAAGGAGUUGUCACUCGAACUCGGAGAGGUGGCCCGGGUUUAGUGCGGAUGCUCCGAGUGGCUUUCUGCUCCCGUCAGCGCACCCCUCUGCUGUUCAGCCUCUAUCUGCUCACUGUGCACGUCCUGCUGCUGCUGUGUCUGGGCGGAUACCUCUGAAACCAGCUCCCUUGAAAAAAAGAAAAAUCUGACAGAGAGAGUAGGGGAAAGAAAUGUAAAUGUGACACAGACCUAACCCAAGCCAUCAAUAUGUUUUAUAUUGUGAUAAAUUAUAGAAGGGUGUCCUACACACAAACGUUGCACUUUACAGGACUUUUAGCUUUGUCAUCAUUGGUUUCACUAUGUCGCUCUUGAAUGACUUUGAGAGAAAACCCAAGCAGAGAGGACAUAAAAUGGACCAAUUUUCUUCCUAAAAAUCUAUGGUGUUAUAGGUGGGAAAAGGUAGAUUCAUAAUCAUGUAUGUUGGCAGAUGGUGUUCUUCACGUGCCUUUAGAUUUGCAUAUAAUAGGGUCACUUGAUGUUAGAGCAAAAAGAUAUUAAAUGGUAACAAAAUCCACCCAAAAGCACCCCUAAAGCUCACUAUCAGACACGUUUAAUUCUAUGUAAUUCACAUAGAAACCAAAGUAAACAGUAACCAUCAAGAGGUGAAUUGCCGGAUAUACGUAUGAGCGGUUUUUGUAGAUAUUAAACAAACGAGAUAAGAUGUCAAUUAUUGCGCUUUAGAGGUGCUUUUAGGUGUGGUUUGUUACCGUUGGACAGGGCCAGGCUAGCUGUUUACCCCCACUUCUGCUAUAUGCUAAGCUUACCGUCUGCCGGUUGUAGCCUAACGGACAGUUAUGAGAUCGAUAUCACAUCCUGUAAUCUAACUCUAAUAAGCGUAUAUAUUUCCCCGAAUGUCAAACUAUUAUUUUUAAGAUGGCUUGAGGUUCAGGGAGUGCUGUUAUAGUCCAGUCUCUUCCUCUUCUUCUCAUUUAAUGCACAAAAACAGAGCACAGUGCAAUUUAUGUUACACAUUCCUAUUGUGGGUUUGCUUUCCUUUUCUUUUUCCUUUUAUAUAAAUCACAUUUUAAGAAAAGGGAGCAUAUUGAUAUGUGUACAUAUGUAAGUGUAAUAUGUAUGUUAUAUUUGGGUUUUCCCCCUCUUACAUAUCUAAUAAGAUUCCCCGUCCAUGCUUCUCCUGCAUAGACUUAGAUUUUACAGUUUGCUCUGUAGUUUUUAUGGCAGAUGAAGAUGCCAUUGAGGUUCAAUGUUACCACCGUGUGGAUUCAUUCCAGGGGAGAAAGACUGCUGUUUUCUAAUGAUAUCCAUCCCAUCAUAGACUGCUCUGAUGUAGCAUAAUGUAUUGCCAUAACAGUUAAAAUGAUGCACUACCUACAUGUAUAUUGACAUCAUCCUCUGGAUUCUUGCUUAUUUAAUCGCUCACUGUUGGUGAACUCCUCUUCCUAAACAUUCAAGUUCUUUCUCACAUCUUACACACACUGAAUAUAUACUUUUUGCUGUAAAUAAUUGUUUAAAAAGGGCUGUAUAGAAAACUAAAAUAUAAUAAAAGUGUUGGUGGUGUAGGUCAGGGAUAGAUCUUGUCAGGCAUUAAUUAUUUGUUUAUUUCUGUGUCUGUUGGGACUUUUUUUGACUUACAGUAAGACUUGUUUAUUGUUUAUUUGGGCUCAGUUAGCAAAUCAAAAACACAAUUUGUUCCUUUUUGUUUGUGAAAUAAUUAGGAAUUGGGUAUCAUUUAUCAGUUAAUUUGCUGUAUCAGAAAACAUUUAUAAUAGUGGGAUUGACAUCAUGACAUACUGUGACAUUUUGUUAUUCACACAAUAAAACUC